GGGCAGGACUGGGAUGACUCAACCCUGGUGCUCUGACACUUUGAGCUGCACCCCCAAGACAGUGUUUGGAUUCAAACCAGAGCCAGCAUGACCAGUAACAGUAACUUGUGACUUCACAGUCAGCCACAGAAUUCUGCCAUCAUGGUUCCCCUUGGAAACCGAAGAUUCUGCAGCAGGCUCAAUUGGCAGCGUUUUAGAUUAGCUGAAGCAUCUUCAAUAAAUUGGCUGUCUUCGGCUGCCAGUUUAUUAGCAGCUUAACAACUUAGUUGUCAAGAUGGGUGGCUGUUGGUCAUGUGUGGCCUGCAGGUCUCACCCAGAGGCAGAACCAAAGGAUGAAGAUGAAGAGGGGGCACUGACAGGUCAUCCCAGAAACCCAACCCAUGCUGCACCAUUUUCUGGGGGACUCCCCAAUGUUUUGGGGGACACUCUGGAGAAAGAGCUCACUGAAGAACCCUCCGUGCCAGAACCUCUUCCAGCACCUCAUAUGACCAAUGACAUCCUGGAGGAAGAUCUCACUGAGGAACCCUCCAUGCCAGAAGUUCGGUUGCAGCGGUGGGAAAGGGAAGAUGUUCCUGCAGACCCUGCUGCACUUCUCCAGCCCUCUGGGUCUGAGUCAUCAUUGUCCUCUGCCUCCCUGGAGGUUGCCUCCAUCCCACCCUCUACCUCCACCUCUUCCCUCCUCCUGCAUCCCUCUCCACCUCCUCCUCCUUCCCCACCUCCUCUGGAGCCGGACCUCAGCAACGUAAAUGAAACUCUGCAGAGUUUGGUAGAGAUCCAGGUCCGCUGCCAAAGAGACCUCCGCAGCUGCCAGGAAUGUGUACAAAGCUUCAAGGCACUGAGGGGACAACUGAGGCGGCUAAGGAGCAGACUGGCCAGGGUGGAAGCCACUAUGGGGAUCGUGGUUCCUCCAAGGGAGCUGGACGUUGCUGAGGAAGAAAGGGAAGGCAAAUUAAAAGAGACAACUGUGCUACUAUUUACAUGAGUAGCAAUAAAAUGCUAUGUAUAUAUAUUUAAAAUAUUAAAUAUUUGUUUUAAUACGAUGUAGAGAUAGAACAGCAAUAAAACUUGCAUAUUUAUUGUUUAAAAAAUAAAGUGUUUUAUUUUAAAGAAAA